AAAAAAUAACUCACUUAAAAGGUUAGAUAUAAAAAAUUCUGUGCUAUCCAGAUGCUUUACGAUGGUGAUUAGAAUAUCCUAGCCUCCAUAUGACCUUAAAAGACACUUGAAAUUUUAACCCAAAAUAUAAAGAAGAAUAAGUGAACAUAUCCUAAUAUUUUUUUUAGUUCGCUUAUGAUCUUU